GUACUGGGACAGGCCCUUAGGCUACCAGAGAAUAGGUAGGGGAAAAAAAAGAUUAUUUUAAUAUACUAUUUUUGUGUUGUGACAUUUUGUCUGUCAAGGCAGUAUCGAUGUCAAUAAGUGAUAGCUUUUAGCAUCGCUUUACCAAAACCCGCACCGAUCUAUUUAACGUGGAAAUAAGUUACAAGAUGUCACAUACCGAGUGGGAUGCUGAAGCAGACAUCUAUAAUUUAAAAGGCAGCGGUGUAAAACAGAUCGUCGAUCGUACGCCUCCCAGUAGCGUAACUUUAAGAUGGCUAGGUUGGCAAAAUGCGACGGGCCCUUGGCAUGACGGAGCCGCGAUCUCAAAAUAACGUAAUUUAUAAAUUUUGUGUACUUAAAAUCAACUAAUUUACCAUCCAUCAUUUGCCAUGGGCCUCAGAUCGUAUAGCUGCGCUACUGGAGCUUACCAGUGCGCUUAGGGCGAGUUUUUUAACGUUCUCGAUCUCGUAAAAGUUAACUAGUAGUAGUAGGUACUUACUGUAUUCUUUUCUCUUCAAAGGUUGUGCAUAUUUUCAAAUUUAAAUCUGAGGAUUAAAAUUGAAAAUUAAUAUCUAAAUAGAUAAAUGUUUGCUUGCAACACUAACGAAUAAAACUCGAGAAUCAUGUCUGAAACUAUAAAUGAAAUUAACAAAAUCCAACUAAGGACAUACGAUGCGUCGCCUGGAGAACAGAUACUAUAAAAAUUAAAGCAAAAAAUGCUGGUCAAUUCGUUCGAUCGGCGUACCUGCCUACCUAAGGUUGCCAAACGGCUUCUUUCUUUAGCCCACCAAGUCGGUCCGCCCGUGCCAUGUUAUAAAGCCGGGAGAAAGCACUUAGCCCGAACAGUCUCGUUUCGUCAGACGUUGGCGCGUUUCGGUCAUUUCGCGCGCUUUUUGACGUAUACAGAAAUCAGUGUUGUAAUUUUUCACGGAUAAUUUUUCGGUGCGUGACAAUGGAAAUGAGGUGGAGUUUUCUCUUAGCACUUUUGCUGGUCGGAGUGGCGAUGGCUUCGGAUGAAGAAGACAGUAUACCUGACGUGGGAGUGGAGGAAGACAGCGAUGAACUGGCUCUGGAUCAGGAGGAAACAAGGAAUCUUCGUCCGCGUGCUUACACGCCGACUGCAUACAACGCUCUGCCCAGCGGCUUCCGUCCAACACCUUCCCUGGCUGAACUGGCUGGGUACCAACAACGGCCACAACAGCAGGAGCAGCAAGAAUACGUCGUACCUACCAGGCAGCAACAGCAAGUUUACAUCGAAGAGCCUCGAGCGCCCGUCAGAGCUGUCCAGAGAAAGCCUCAAGAGCAAAGACCAUUGAAAUACCAACAACAACAACUCCAAGAAGUCGAAGAAGAACUAGAAGACGAGAAGGAGGAGCCCGACCGUCUCUCUGAGCUGCUCCAACAGUCAAAGUUCAACUGCGUUGGCAAACAGACCGGCUACUACGCUGACGAGGAACUUAACUGCGAAGUGUUCCACUACUGCCAGGACAGCGUCAAGCACUCCUGGAUCUGCCCGGACGGCUUCACAUUCCACCAGGUGCACCUGAUCUGCAUGCCGCCGACGCACGACAACAUCUGCCAGAAGUCGUCGAAGUACCACUUCGUGAACGAGUACCUGUACCGGCCGGUGAACCAGGACGAGGUGGACAAGAAGCCCAACGUGUCCCUCAAGUACUCGGACCGGUACUACCCGGCCGAGGUGUACAGGGACGACCGGUACGAGCAGGACGAGGAAGAGGAAGAGGAAGAAGCCCCUCGUCGCCACCCUCAGCCCCAGCCUCAGCUGCAGCAGCUCCGCGCGUCUCCGAGGCCUCAACCUGCCCAGGUGUUCAGGUCGGCGGAGGAGGUGAACAUUCCUCUGGGCCAGAGACGUCCCCAGCGUCCAUACGACUUCGACUUUUAGAUUCUCACAAUACAAUCAAAUCUUUAGUGAUAUAUGAUAUUGUUAUUUUUUGUUUUAUCGAUUUGAAACGAUAGCAACAAUCGCUGUGUUCUCAACACUCUCUUUCAAAAGCUCCUUGUUGGUUGUAAUUAAUGGGAAUUUGUAAAUAAUAAAAACCUUAAUGUCUAAGUUAUCUUAUCUUAUUUAUGUACGAUAAUAAAAGAUUUGUUAAGUUACAAAUUAGUUUUAAGCUAGUCUUUUUGUAUGAUUUGGUUAAGAUUAAAUAAAAUUUGAAACUAUA